UUCGUUUGUGAGAAGCAACGAGACAUCAGCGUCAUGCCCGAGCCAGCAAAGUCCGCGCCCAAGAAGGGCUCCAAGAAAGCCGUCACCAAGACCGCAGGGAAAGGCGGCAAGAAGCGCCGAAAGUCUAGGAAGGAGAGCUACGCCAUUUACGUGUACAAAGUCCUGAAGCAGGUCCACCCCGAUACCGGCAUCUCCUCCAAGGCCAUGGGAAUCAUGAACUCGUUCGUGAACGACAUCUUCGAGCGCAUCGCCGGAGAGUCGUCUCGCCUGGCCCACUACAACAAGCGUUCCACCAUCACCUCCAGGGAGAUCCAGACCGCAGUGCGCCUGCUGCUCCCCGGAGAGCUGGCCAAGCACGCAGUGUCCGAGGGCACCAAGGCCGUGACCAAGUACACCAGCUCCAAGUAAACAGCGCAUUUGGAGUGCUGUAGUAACCCAAAGGCUCUUUUAAGAGCCAC